ACCGAUGUUGUUAUGUGCACGUUGCAUACUGACAAAGUUAUGCUGUUAAGUGAAUUUAAUUUCCAGUUGAUUGUUCAGUCUAAACUUAAGUUCAUUUAAAUUUACGAACUGAAUGAAUUGUUGGCAGUAACCGAAAAUCUCCACCUUUACCACCAAUAUUAGAGUUUUAUUAUUUAUAUAUUUGUAUUUAUUAAUCUAGUUUAGCUUAUUUCUAAAAUGGAUCUAAUGGAUUUCAUUAUUCUUCAAGCCAAUGAAACGGUAACUGCUGGUGCUAGUGGUAAUAAAUUUAAAGCUACCAAUGAAGGUAGAACCGUUGCUUACGUUUCACUGGUUGUAAUGGCUGUUUUACCUAUCUUCUAUGGUUCAUUUCGGUCAAUUAAAUAUCAUCAAAAGCAGAAGAAAGCUUACGAAGAAUCCGGUGUCCGACCUGAUACUAUGUCUAGAAGAGAUGCCAUGACAUUCCCUAUUAUUGCCAGCGGUACACUUGGUGGUCUUUAUUUGGUAAUCAAAAUUUUCUCCAAAGAAUACGUCAAUUAUCUUCUCAGUAUUUAUUUCUUUUCACUUGGAGUAAUUGCCCUGACCACCUUUCUUCAACCAAUGUUUGAGAAACUUUUCAGUGGUCCAAUCAGCAAGGUUGAAUAUCAUCUCAACUUUACGAAGAAGGAAAAAUCUGACAAGAAACCUUUCAAUUUGAUUGAUUUCGAAUUCAACACUUUUGAUAUUCUCUCAUUCGUUGUUUCCAGUAUUAUUGGUGUUUGGUAUUUCAUGAAAAAGCAUUGGGUUGCAAACAAUCUGUUUGGAAUUGCUUUUGCUUGCAGUGGAAUCGAGCUUCUCUCUUUGAACAAAAUUGCUAAUGGUUGUAUUUUGUUGAUUGGUCUAUUCUUUUAUGAUGUUUUCUGGGUAUUUGGAACCGACGUUAUGGUUACUGUUGCCCAAUCUUUCGAAGCACCAAUCAAACUUAUGUUCCCACAAGAUUUCAUUGAGAGUGGUUUCUUCGGAAAGCAUUUCGCAAUGUUGGGUCUUGGUGAUAUUGUUGUCCCUGGUAUUUUCAUCGCACUUCUUUUAAGAUAUGAUGUCAGCCUGAAAAGAAAAGGUCGUAAAAUCUACUUCUACACGGCUUUCAUUGCCUACAUUCUUGGUUUGAUUUUGACAAUCGUUGUUAUGACUGUAUACAAUCACGCUCAGCCAGCUCUUCUCUAUUUGGUACCUGCUUGUGUGCUAACUCCACUGUCUGUUGCCCUGAUUCAAGGUGAUCUCAAAUCAAUGUUUAGUUAUCAAGAUCAUGACGAAGAGAACGAGAAAAAAGAAACCAAAUCCAAUGGUGGUGGUAAAAAGUCAAAGAAUAGCAAAGAAAAGAAAGAAAGUUAAUUAUCUAUAUAAUUUAUUUUUAAUGCUGGAUUUAUAGGUCAAUAAUUAAAUUUAUUAGCUAUCGUUGAUGGCUUAUGAUACUGAAAGAGGUGAACGAGAUUCUUUAAUCGGUAUUUUUUUGAAAAAUUUUCUUUGCCAUUGCUUGGCAAGGAUCUAGUUAAUUGUCUACCUCCUAAAAAAUUAUUUGAAUUUAUUGUUUAUGCUUUUGGCCAUUUUAUUGGAAUUGAAUGAAACGACAAUGUUGAAAUCGACGAAUUAUUAAAUUAUGAUGAUUCUUCUUGAA